AGUUGCCAUCGAUUGUAUUUGUAGCUCAGAUUGUUUUGCAGAUUGAAGCUCGGAUGAGGAAAAUAUAAAAGAAAUAGUUUUUAAUAAUUUUUAUAACGUUUCAUAAAACGCAUUGGAGCUGUGCAAGUGCAAUAAUUGUACAACAACAAGAUGCGUCAAUUUAAUAUAUCGGUCAUUGGACUAUCCGGGACCGAAAAGGAUCGGGGCCAGGUUGGCGUUGGCAAAUCAUGCCUGUGCAACAGAUUUAUGCGGCCAAUGGCCGAUGAUUAUUUUAUAGAUCACAUAUCAGUGCUCAGUCAGAGCGAUUUUAGCGGACGCAUUGUUAACAAUGAUCAUUUUCUGUAUUGGGGCGAGGUGCGAAAAACAACCGACGAGGGUGUCGAAUACAAUUUCAACAUCAUCGAACAGACCGAGUUCAUGGACGACUCCACAUUCCAGGCCUUUAAGGUUGGCAAAAUGGAUCCGUAUCUGAAACGGUGCACCGCCACAAAAGUCUUCUCCGCCGAGAAGCUAAUGUAUAUAUGCAAAAAUCAGCUUGGCAUCGAGAAGGAGUACGAGCAAAAGGUGAUGCCCGAUGGCCGUUUAAGCAUCGAUGGUUUUGUCGUUGUCUUUGAUGUGAGUCCCGUGCCAAAUCGUAGCGUUGAAAAACAGGUGGAAUUUGUCCAGAAUGCCAUUGCCAAUAUAAUGAAAAACAAGAAGCCAUUGAUACUGGUGACCACCAAAAAUGAUGACGCAUAUGAGCUGUAUGUGCGUGAAGCGGAGAAAAUUAGUCAGCGCAAGGAUUACAAGAGUACCGUGCAACUAAUCGAGACAUCGUCACAUGAGAGCAUCAACAUUGAUUUGGCAUUCCUGAUGCUGGCCCAAAUGAUUGACAAAGUGAAGAAUCGCGUGAAAAUUAUUUCAUAUCAGGAGUCGGCCAAAUCGCGCAAGGAGCUCCUCGAUACACGAUCCGAGGCGGUCACCCGGCUAAUACGCAAUCAAAUCACCGACUAUCACAUAUUGUGGUCACAGGGCUCCAAGAUGCUGUCGCAGUAUCGCGAAUGGAACGAGUUCCUCAACAUAUUUGGACACGAGGCCGGCCAGAAGCUAUUCCGUCGUCACAUGAAGAAGCUGCGCGACGAUCAUCUCAACAAGAAGCUCCAUCAGUAUUUGGACAAGUUUGCACUCGCCUUGGAGUAUCUGCUGCCCGAUAUAAGUGUGCUCAACAUUAUCGAUGACGAUCCGUGGGAAUGUGCCCGCAAUUUUCUCCAAAAUCACAUGGAGUUCGAACAGUAUUUUUUCGAGUGCCCGCAGGCCACCUGGACGGAGCUGCUCGAUAUGGAUGAGGCCGAUGACGAGGCGCGUAUCCCUUUCGACGUACUCGAGACCAACGAGGCGGAGACUGUGUUCCGUAACUAUUUGAAUUCCGUGCAGCAGGAUAAAAAGAAAAUUGGCUGGAAGCAGCAGUUCAAGAUGCUGCUGGAGGAAUCUGGUUUUGUGACGCCCGGCAAACAGCUGUCGGAGGUGCGUGUCCUAUUUAUGGGUAGGGAAUGCUUUGAGGCGCUAUCCGAACACGAUUGCCAGCAGAUCUAUGAUAUACACCAGGACGAGAUCAUCGAGAAGAGCAAACAGAAUUUUGUUGAGCUGCUGCUGGAGCAUGCGCAAUAUUUUCUACAAUUCAAGAAUGUGGACAUUAUCACACAGGAGGAUGUUAGACAGAUAACGGAUGUCAUUCAGGAGGAUUCGCGCUACAAGAUGCUCGAUCGUCUCGAUCAGGAGCGACGGGUGAUGCUCGUCCAGCAUUUACGCUUCAUUCACUGUCCCAUCCGUGAUCAUUGCCCGUUCUUCAACAAUUGUGUGGAUAAUCUGAUCGAGGAGGUGCUCUCCGACAAAUCGGUGGCCAAUCACAAGCCACUGGGCGGUGUUGGAGGCGGCGGCGUCAGCGGCGGUUGGAAGACCACUGGCAAUGGCAGCGAUCGCACAUUGAAUCUGCUCAUUGUCGGCUCCGAGCAUUUGGCCAGCGAUCUGCUCAACGAUAUACGCAUAUGCACGGGCAGCAAGGGCGAGUAUAUAUACGAGAAUCAAACAUAUUAUCUCAAUUAUCGCAUUGCCAAUGGCGACAUGGAGGCCUUCAAGGCCAUCGAUGUUUAUUCGAGCGGUCUCAUUUGUGUCUACUCCAAUCAGCAGUCGUUUGAGACGCUCAAGGAUAAUUUGGAACGGACGCUCCUUUGCAAUCUGGAGCUGGAGGAUAAAUUUGAGAAUCUACCCAUUGUGCUUGUCUAUCAGCCGCAGGAUCUCAAAGAGAACGAGAUCGAAUAUCUGCGCAGCGAGGGCAUGCGACUAUCCGAAAUGUUGCACUGCGAUUUCAUUGAUCAUACGCAAAAUCAUCAGAAAUAUGUUUACGAUAUACUCAAUAUUGUUAUACUAUCGCUCAAGCUAAGCGAAAUGAAAAGCUACGAGCCAUAUCCAUCGUCCAAUCACACAGAUCUCCGCAUCCUUGUCUGCAUCUACUGUGGCGAUCAAUACGACAUUGAGAACAUUGUUCAGCCCCUAAUUGCCGAAUCAACGGCUGUCAAGGCCAAUGAGCAUAGCAUCAUUGUCGAUGUCUUCAUUGGUGAUGCGAAGCGGCGCGUUGAAUUCAUAUUGUCAUCGUAUCAUGGCACCAAUCAGUAUCGAGAUGAGCUCAUCCACGGCUACAUCUAUAUCUACUCAGCCAAACGACGCUCCUCGCUGGCCAAUCUCAACAUUUUGGCCGCCCAGAAUGCCAACAUUCCAUUGCAGUUGGUCGCUGUCACGGAAAGCGGUGGCGUCAAUGCGUUCUUUAAUAAUGAAAUUUGCCAGUUUCUCAUUACCGAGGGUAAUGCAUUGGCCGAUCGCUACAAGGGCAGCUUUAUGACAUUCUCGUCCGAUCAAUAUGUCAAGUUUGCCUUUUAUAAUCCAUUCCUGAAGACCGCCUGGGACAACAAAUAUGAGGUGGAGAAUCUGCAUGUGGAGGAGUCAAUUACUUUAGAUUCGGGCGAGGGAACGCUCGAGAAUUCGGUUAAUCAAAUGCCGCGUCCGCCGCCACGACACGAGAGCUAUAUGCUAUCGAAUACACUCGGCACCGAUGGUUCUGGCAGUGAGAAUUACGAAAUGCUUCCUACACGAUCUCUCAACUCAUUAAAUGAAGAAAGAGAUAUAUCACUAGAUGAAAUCUAUGAUGACAACAACGAAAAACCCAAGCAUCUGCAUCAAAGAUUCCAGAUAUUCCCUCCUCCAACAACUCCUCCAGAGCCAGCCCCUCCAGAUCAUCAGCUCAUUACAUGCACAUAUAAGAGUCAAUUCGUUUCGGCUUCAGAAUCAAGUUUGGAAGAAAUAACAUCGGAUGUCAGCGGGUCGAAGGAUUCAUUGGCCACCCAUGAUGCAGAAUGGCUGGAGGAUAAGAACGAUGCAGCGCGUCGCAAUAUGAACAAGAACUCAAUCUGGAACAAUUUUAGCGGCUCAACGCAUGCGUAUACAACUGGACGGCGGCAUAUUGAUUCAAAUUUGAAUAAGAUACGUCCGAAGGGACCCAGCCAAACGUUGAAGGUGGGUGAAGCGCCCAGUCGAAACUGUGCCAUGAGCUCCUCAACAUUCACGCUACCCACACAGCAACCGGGCAAGCUGAACAUGAAGAACUUUCAGCUGGUCAGCGAUGCGGUUGCCAAGAUGAACUUCAGCAGCAGCGGCAGCAUGGGUGACUCCUAUUUGGCGGGCUGUGAGUCCGGCGAGAAGGAUGCCGCCAAGCGCUAUGAUCAUGCCCAGCUCGAUGGCGAGGACGAGGACUCCGAAGAGCUUGCCGAAUACGAGCAAAUCUAUGAAAACGAAGACUGCACCGAGUCGGACAGCUGUGCCAGUUCGACGGAGAGACGUGUGCGUCAGCAGAACACCUACUACAAUGCCAACAAGAAGGCGGCCACCUCGAAAAAGAACAAGAAGAAGAAGGUCGCAAUACCGGUGCAGACACCAAGAGUGCCUCCAUUUGGGGCAUACGUUAGCCCGCCAGAAAUACCAUUGCACUACCAGCGCAUGGCAGCCGUUGCAGCGGCGGCAGGUGAGAAAAAAAAAACGGAUUCGGGUGUUGUGGCCGAGUUUAUGAAGAGCGACAAGUCACCAGAGUACUCAAUGGUGCCAGAGCUAACAGCAGCAGGAAUAUUUGGUGCAGAGAAUUUACCCGAAUAUAAUAUGAAUGCCAAAUGCUUGAAGGACUUUGAGAAACUGGAGAAGCGUCGUAUCAAGGAGGAGGCGGCACGCCAGCGCAAGCUGCAGGAGAAGGAAAAGGAGCAGGAGAAGAAGCUCAAGCGCAAGCUCAAACAGAAUGCCAAGGGCCUAACCGAGACAACUGAGGCACAAUUUGGCAAGCUAAUGAUCACCUCCGACAAGGACGAGAUACCCAUAUUCUUGAUCAAGUGCGUGGAGUUUAUCGAAAAAGAGGGUCUCGAUUCGGAGGGCAUCUAUCGUGUGCCCGGCAGCAGAGCGCAUGUCGACAUGCUCUUUCAACGUUUCGAGGAGGAUACCAAUACAAUUAUUGACGUGCUGGAUAUUCCAGUGAAUGCGGUUGCUACCGCAUUGAAGGAUUUCUUCUCGAAACGCUUGCCGCCACUUUUCAGCAAGGAUAUUAUCAAAGAGCUGGAGGAGAUUGCCGGCUCUCGGGGCGUCGGCUCGUCCAAACUGAAUGUGGAGGUGAAAACCGAUCGCAGCUGCCGUUUGAUAGCUUUAAAAUCAUUGCUACAGAAACUACCACCCAUCAAUUUUGCCAUACUCAAAUACAUAUUCCAACACUUUGUGCACGUCUCGGACAAUUCGAAGCUAAACAGCAUGGAUAGCAAGAAUUUGGCAAUUUGCUGGUGGCCCACAUUGAUACCGAUCGAUUUCACGGAUAUGGGACACUUUGAGCAGCUGCGGCCAUAUCUGGAGGACAUUGUCCAAACGAUGAUCGAUCAAUUUCCGUAUCUAUUCUGCGGCAAAGAUGCUUUUGUUAUGGUUUAGGCUAGUUAGAUAGAUAUGGCAAACGAGGCGAACUCCAAACGACACAGAUAAACAGAGAAGGGAAAAGGCAUUGUAAAAGAACCCAUCGAUCUGAAGAUUUGAAGGUCAUUCAAAAAAAAGAAAAAAAAAGAAAAACAGCAACAAAAAAAACAAGCAUGUAAUUCAAACCGGGCAGCAAGUCUCGUUAUUUGUCGUAAGUUUUUGUAAACGCAACAGUAUGAGAAUGCAUAAUAUAUAUACUUUGUA